CACUUUAAGAAGGCGGAUUCGCCGUUGCACACACUGUGUGUUUAUUACGAGCCUUGAAGUGGCACAUGGAAGCGAUACAGUAAAAUAUGGCGAAACCUACUGGCUUUGACAGCACACGCACCAGCUUGGAAGUUUUUUUGAAUUCUGCAUUUCAUUACGAUGACGUGUAGAUGAGUUGUCAUAUUUUCUGUACGUAUAUCAACUAGUUUCACAUGGUUCUUCUUCUGCCACACACGCGCCUGUAAAUGCGGCAGCGUUGGCGAAUCCCGUCUGAUCCGACUCUCACAGCUGGAUAUUUUCGGCUGCUUAGGAGGAACUCUGGAGAGCUGAAGACAGGUCAGGAGAGCAGAGACUGAGAUGGAAGAGCUGUCAAGCCCGAACAGACGCCAGUAAGCUUGUGGAUUCAGUGAUUUACACGCGAUGGCAGCGUCUAGUAACUCCAGUCUGUCGGGUUCCUCCGUCUCCUCGGAUCCUGAAGAUUAUCAGCCACCGAUAUGGAAAUCCUACUUGUACCAAUUACAACAAGAAGCGUCAAGACCAAAGAGGAUCACAUGUCCUCAGGAGAUGGAAAGCAGACCCAAAUACUAUGGCAGAGAGUUCCAUGGUCUGAUUUCCAGAGAGCGUGCAGAUGAACUGCUGGCGGGGACAGAAGGUGCUUAUCUCAUCAGAGAGAGCCAGAGACAACCAGGAACUUAUACACUUGCUUUGAGAUUUGGUGGCCAGACUCUGAAUUACCGACUGUUUUAUGAUGGAAAGCACUUUGUGGGAGAAAAACGUUUCGAGUCGGUUCAUGAUCUGGUUACAGACGGUCUCAUCACUCUCUAUAUUGAGACCAAGGCAGCAGAGUACAUUGCCAAGAUGACCACAAACCCUAUCUACCAGCACCUGGGCUAUACUUCUCUUCUGAGGGACAAAAUCACUCACCGACUCAACCGGACCCGCUCUGAGCCCAAAAAAGUUACUUUCCAACAGGAUGACAAGAUCACCCCGUCACCGCUGAGCAGACGCACCACACUCAAGGAUGGACCAGAGAAACACUGCAACUACGAGAAGAUCCACAACUUUAAGGUGCACACCUUCAGAGGGCCGCACUGGUGUGAAUACUGUGCUAACUUCAUGUGGGGUCUUAUCGCCCAGGGCGUCCGUUGUUCAGACUGCGGGCUGAACGUGCACAAACAGUGCUCCAAACUAGUGCCCAGCGACUGUCAGCCGGACCUGCGCAGGAUCAAGAAGGUCUUCAGUUGUGAUCUCACCACGCUGGUCAAAGCCCACAACACGCCGCGGCCGAUGGUUCUGGACAUGUGUAUCAAAGAGAUCGAGCACAGAGGUUUGAAAUCAGAGGGUCUGUACAGAGUGUCAGGCUUCACAGACCACAUAGAAGAUGUCCGGCUGGCCUUCGAUAGAGAUGGUGAGAAGGCGGACAUCAGUGCCAAUACCUACUCAGACAUCAAUAUAAUCGCUGGAGCUCUGAAGCUUUAUUUGCGAGAUCUGCCCAUUCCAGUUAUCACAUAUGACGUCUACUCCAAAUUCAUACAGGCAGCCAAAAUAACAGACCCUGACUCCAGACUCGAGGCAGUUCAUGAUGGUCUCCUCCAACUUCCUCCAGCCCACUAUGAGGCCCUGCGGUACCUGAUGACACACCUAAAGAGGGUCACCAUGUACGAGAAGGACAAUUACAUGAACUCAGAGAACCUAGGAAUCGUUUUCGGCCCGACGCUCAUGAGACCCCCGGACCAGAACACGCUCGCCACUCUCAACGAUAUGAGAUACCAGAAACUGAUUGUUCAGCUCCUGAUAGAGCAUGAAGACAUCUUGUUUUAAACACCUGAAAUGAAGACAUCUUUUAAAGACUUUAAAGAGCUUGUACAUUUGAAAAAGCGGCCUGCCACACAUAUCAAAGAUAUUAUAUGUUUUCUCAUCAGAUUUUGCAUAUGAAAUUUGGAACUAAUUGCACAUUUCACUCAAUGUGUAUCAAACCCCCCAAACUAUGGAAGUUUUAAAAACUAAAAAAGGCAAUUGCGAAUUUUAUCUCACAAUUCUGACUUUUGUCCUUUUUUUCUGACUUUUGCAAGUUUAUAUAUGUCAAUUCUGAUAUUUUUUUCUCACAAUUCCGAGUUUAUAUCUCACAAUUGUCAGAAUUGUAAGUUAUAAAGUCGAAACUUGCAGUUCUGUGAAAAAUAGAAUUGCGUUAUAAACUCGCAAUUGUAAAAAAAAGAAAGAAAAAAAAGUCAGAAUUGUGAGAUUAAAAAGUCACAAUUACUUUUUUAAAAUUGCAAGUUUAUAUCUCAAUUCUGAAUUUACAAACUCAGAAUUGCGAGAAAUAAAGUCAGAAUUGCAAGGUAUAAUCUUGCAAUUAUAAAAAGUAAUUGCGGCUUUUUAUCUUACAAUUCUGACUUUUUUCUCACAAUUGUGAGUUUAUAUCUCACAAUUCUGACCUUUUUUUGUUAAACUAACAAAUUGUGAGUAAAUCUGAAUUGCGAAACAUAAACUCACCAUUCUGGGGUUAAAAAGUCAGAAUUGUGAGAUAUAAAUUUGCAGUUAAAAAAGGUAAUUGUGACGUUUUAUAAAAAGUCGCAUUUACCUUUUUGAUUUUAUUCAAACAAAUGCUGUUAAGCAUGGAGUAACGUGUAUCAAUGCUGAUAUACAGUUUGAAUUAAUAUUAAUUGGCAUUUUGUUUAAAUGCAAUUAUAGAACCUUUGUUUUCUCUGAUGCCAAACAAGUAUGAUGCACUGACCUUGAUGCUGUACAUGACGUAUGAAUCUAUGGUCAAUUAGCAUUGUGAAACUAACAAAUUGUCAGAAAUAUGAAUAAAAAAAAAAUAUAUAUAUAUAUUUUUGGGUCAUGUGGUUGGUAAAUGUAUAUGUACUAUAAUGGCAAGACAAUUGAGAUCAUGUGUAAAGCACUUUUUAAUUUUACAUGGAGUGUAAAUAGUUAUUUUCUUGUUCAUCCAGUGUUAAUAAUUCUGUGUUUAAUAACCCAUGCCUUUGAAAUAGUUUUUUUGUUUACCCUGACAACAAUAGAGUGAUUAUUCUGUGACUGGAAAAAAGUUGUUCUUAGAGCAUUUAUUUAGUGCUUGUUCCUUCCUCAUUGAACUUGAUCCCAUUUCAAGAACAAAAUUGUUUGUAUUGUAUUCAUCUUAGUCUCCUGAUCAUUUAUUCACCUCGAAAAAAAAUGUUGAUAAACGGUACAGUCACCUUGGUUUGACUUCCUUCAAAUUGUUUAUUUGAUAUAAGACCUUUCUACAAUUUGUUUUUUUUGAAGAUAUUUUCUGUGAAGAAUGAUUGUAAUUAUGAUUGUAAUUUAUCAAAUGCUGAUUUAUUAAAUUAUGUAAAUCUGGUUACUUUUAAA